AUGGGGGGCUCUAGUAAUGAGAAAAGCCUAAAGAGAACGCUGACUUUAUCCGAUUUCACCUUACGUUAUCAUAAAAAGGGCAUUACAGCUCUGCAGGUCAUCAAAGCACCGUCUGUUUCAAACGUACCAGUCUUAUUAUCCGGUGAUAAUCACGGUUAUUUUGUCAUGUGGAACUUGGUGACCAAGAGACCGAUUACAUGUACACAAAUCGAAGGCAACCCGCACAUUAUAGCGUUUCGGUGGGUGGAAUCUACAGCUGUACUCUGCAUUCUUUCUAAAGACUCCAUGCUGCGAAUGUUCAAGCUAGAAGAAUCUGCGCUACGAUCUAUAGAUUUAGUCAAAAAGCCAAAUCAAGCCAAUAAGACGGAAGAUCCGCAAUGGACUCAAAUCUAUGAGAUGCCAAUAAACACACUCAAUUUUGCGAAUUUUAUCAUUGAGGCUCAAGUGAAACCUAAGAAAGAUAAUAGAGACUAUAGGUUAAUUUGCUGCCAUACUGAUGAUUCGGAAUCUAUCGAUAUAUACCGGAUAAUAGAAGAUUCAACAUUCAAAUUGAAAAGGCCAUUCAGUAAUAUUAAUUUCCCCAAAUACUUGAAAAAGCAGGAUUUUUUACAAAUUCCCAAGAAUUCCAAAUUUGGUAUAAUAAUGAGGUUUGCUAGAUUAAACGAUGUCAUAUUUUUAGGUUUUGAAAAUGGAUUUAUAGUUGGAUUUAAAACUACUUUUGAUGAAAGUCUUCACCGAGACGUUGCCGAACUGGUCCAUGUUUCUAAUGAUCAUUAUCCGAACCCGAUACUUAAUAUGUGUGUUAGCGGUGAUGAACUUUAUAGCUGUUCCACAGAUGAUUUCAUAACCAAGCACAAAAUCUCAGUGAGUUUACAACCUGCCACGAAAUACUGUAAAGAAAAUGCAUUUUUUAUAAAGUGUCCAAGCACACUGAGAGUAAGCGAACCAGCAAGAAUUUAUCUUCCCUUGAAAAACAUCAGUCAUAUUGAUAAAAUAACGGACGAUUACUUACUCGUGAGUAGUUGGUCGGGAAUAACAAUUGUUCUUGAUAUGCGUACUUCAGAAGUGGUGCAAACUUUUAUGAAGUCAAAAAACAACUUGGUUGUGAGCGAUAGCUCUAUUGGAGACUUAACAAACGGCAGCGGCUCAAAUACAGAAUCCAGCUCAAAAUCUCAUAACUACAAAGUGGGAGCAAUGACAGGUUUGGAAUCAUUUGCUGUGCAAUCAAAUGGUUUGAAGUUAGGAGAACUUAGACGUAUUAAAGCGCUGGCGGAAUGUAGCUGGUGUUUAAUUGGGUAUGAUGAUGGCACCAUAAAGCUCAACAAAAUAUAA